AUGAAGCCUGUGACAUGCGCGGGCCUCGCGAGCUCCAUUGCUUUGGCUACAUGUCUAGGAGGCGCGUUGGCUGAAACGAAUAGUUCAUCUGUUCCACUCCACCUGACAGUCGAACCGGAGGGUGGUAAUAAGUCGAGUCCGAUUCUCUAUGGUGUUAUGUUCGAGGAAAUGGACCAUUCAGGGGACGGUGGAAUCCAUGGACAAUUGCUACAGAACAAUGGAUUUCAAGGAACUAGUCUUGGCUUAACUGCCUACGCCCCGGUGGGAGACGUGAUAAUGUCCCAGGAUACCUCAAAGCCUGUCAGCAAAGCAAUUACGUCUUCGCUCAAUGUCGCAGUACCGGAUGGUGCAACAGGCUAUGUUGGUUUCGCCAAUACCGGUUAUAAUGGAAUUCCAAUUACGGGCGCCACAUACAACACUUCAUUCUGGAUGAUGGGCAACUACUCGGGAAACAUCAACCUGCAGCUUGUUGGCUCUCACAGUGGUUCGAUAUAUGCUGAUCACAACUUAACCGUCAAGAGCACGGAUUCGAAAUUCACGGAAUUCAAAACCAGGCUCAACACUACUUAUACACCAAAAGGGGAUAAUGAGUGGCAUUUGACAUUCGAUGGAUCGAAAGUUGCUGGCAGCUCGUUGAACUUUGGCUUAAUCCAGCUGUUUGGUCCUACUUUUAAAGGAAGAGAAAACGGGUUACGAGAUAACAUUGCAUCGUUUCUGGACGAGGUCAAUCCAGCGUUUCUCCGAUUCCCGGGUGGAAACAACAUCGAAGGCUUGCAAGUUGAGAGUCGCUGGAAGUGGAAUACCACGAUCGGACCUGUGGUCGACCGCCCAGGAAGAGAAAGCGACUGGUUUUAUCCCAAUACAGAUGCUCUCGGCCUGGAUGAGUAUCUAUGGUGGUGUGAAGACAUGAACAUGGCGCCACUCCUAACUGUAUGGUCAGGUAAGUCCUAUGGAGACAUUCUCUCCGGGCCUGACCUCGAACCUUUUGUCGACGAUAUUAUGAAUGAGAUGGAAUAUCUCUUUGGCAACUCCUCGACGCAUUAUGGCAAACUGCGAGCUCAGAACGGUCGGAAAGAGCCAUGGAAGGUUGAGCUUAUUGAAAUCGGCAACGAGGACGACCUCACCGGUGGUUGUGACACCUAUCCGGAUCGUUUCAAUCAGAUCUACAAGGCGAUCCAUGACAAGUACCCGAAUAUCACGAUUGUUGCUUCCCAUGGGGACUACUCGUGUCUGCCAUCUCCGCUUCCAAAAGAUGUCAUUAUUGACCUCCAUCUGUACCGAGCACCAGACGAUUUUGUCAAAUUGUUCGACCAGUUCGAUAACCAGCCGCGGAGCCAACCAGUGAUGAUUGGCGAGUUCGGAUGUCGCAAUACCUCAGCAGAGAGAGGAGUAUACUGGCCAUACAUGCAGGGUAGCUGCAGCGAAGCCGUGUACAUGAUCGGAAUGGAGCGCAAUAGCGAUAUUGUCAAGAUGGUAGCGUAUGCACCUUUGAUGAUGCACUUUGAUUUCGUCUCUUGGUCGCCCACUUUAUAUGGCUUCAAUUCGGCUCCCGACUCGGUCACACCCACGGUGUCAUAUUAUGUUCAAAAGAUGUUCGCAUCUAACAAGGGUGAUACCAUUCUUCCAGUCCACUCAUCAGCAGGAUUUGGACCUGUUUACUGGGUGGCUUCGAAGACAGGAUCACAAUACUACUUGAAACUGGCAAACUAUGGACCCGAACACCAGAAUGUCAAAGUGAGUAUACCAGGAACCAAAACUGGUAAAUUGGAGAUGCUUGCUGGUCCCAAGUACCACGGUGACACACCUGGCAAUGUGCAAAUCCAAACUGUCACUACUAGUGUUUUCAAUGGGCAAGGGAAUUAUUCAAUAAGCAUGGAUCCUUGGGCCGUCGCUGUGUUGGCAGUCUCAUGA